AGCUGCAGGGUGGAGGAGACACACACUCCUAUAAAAACUCACAUUAUAAACACCUUCAGCUCUAAUAACUUUUUCACAAUGAUUUUUUUUUUUUUUUGCGAAUUAAUAAAGGUGAGAUGCAGAAAGGCACAAUGUGAAAUAAAAUUAUUAUUAUUAUUAAUUAUUAUUACUAUUAUUGGUCACAUGGGUUGAGUUCUUUGACCUGUGUGUGUCACAGAGACUAGAGAGCAGUGUUAAACUAAACUAUUGUGUCAUACAAACAGAAAUAGAGGUUUAUAGAGCUUUAUUAAAAACGCAACGUCUCGCCGUUUCGCCCACACACACACACACACACACACACACACACACACACACACACACACACACACACACACACACACACACACACACACACACACACACUCACUCACUCACACACCCUCUCCUGCGUUCUGAUUGGCUGAACACAUGCCACACAUGGCUUUAAAUUCACUGAAACAGAACUCUGAAUCUAAAGUUCACGCAAAAUCCACAGAUCCUGAACGUCCAGCUGUGCGACACCUGAGAUUAAAGAUUAAAGGAGUGAAAAUGCGGGUCACGCUGCUGCUCGUCUGUCUGGUUGCUCUGGGUUUGGCCGCGCCGCUGCACAAACACCGAGUGACGCGUUCAGAGAGCUCAGAGGAUGAUGGGGGUGAUUCUGAAGAUGGCAGCAAUGAAGGAAGAGAAAAAGAGAGGGACAGUGGAAAUGGAGGAGAAGAAGAGGAAGAAGAAGAAGAAGAAGGAGAAGGACAAGAAGGAGAAGAAGAAGGAGGAGAAGCAGAAGCAGGAGAGGGAGGAAACAAGGAAGAGGGUGCGCAGGAUGGAGGAGAAGAAGAAGAAGGAGGUGAAGGAGAAGCAGGAAACAGAGAAAACAAUGAAGGAGAAGCAGAAGUAGGAGAAGAGGAUGGUGGAGAAGGUGAAAGAGAGGCAGAGCGCAGAAAGAGAGAUCAAAGUAAUGAGGAGGGAAGUGAAGAGGGAGACAGCGCUGAGGACGAGGACGGAGGAGGAAAAGACAUGAAUAAGAUUGAAGGUGAUGAAGACGGAGGUGAAGGACUCAGUGAUGGAGAUGAAGAGGAAGGUAAUGGAGCAGAAGACGGAGGAGAACUCUAAAUAGGUGAGCUUGAAAUUGUGUGUGUGUGUGUGUGUUUUUGCUUUUGUGUAUUUCUUACUCUGUUUAUAAUCUUUCUCUCUACAGAUCAUGUAAUCAUCUAACACGUGAAGUAACGCAGCUGAUGUAACAGUCCUGAUGUAACACACCUGAAUGCUACCUGUGAGAUGGGAGCUGAGCGACAGGGCCCCGCCCAGUCACACGUAUAAAGGCGACGCUGUUUACUUUGCUGUAUGUUUAUAAUCACCUCGUUUUAUUUUCCCCAGUGUAAUUGAAACUGUAGCUGCAUCACGACAUGUUCUGUAUCACAUGUGUAAAUAAAUGUAUAAACACUCU